AUGACCUUUGGCUGGUUUGUCAGCUCUCUUUUCGCCGCUUUAAUGUUCAAGGUGGACAUCGCUACUGCUUUGACUAUCGCUGCUUGUUUGACGCCCACCGAUCCUGUUUUGUCUUCUUCGAUUCUGUCCAACAGUCAAUUCAGCGGCAGGGUACCUAAACGCAUCAAGGACAUGUUGGCUGCAGAAUCCGGUUGCAACGAUGGAAUCUCAUUCCCGUAA